UGUUCCCGGAAGUCGCCGCCGCGGUCUCCGCCGCUGUUACCUCCGCUGCUACUGCGGUCCCCGUGGAACUUUGCGAGUAGAACGGCUGAGGCGGGCCCGGGUGGGGCCGGGGUUCCGGCCACUCUGCAGAAUGGAGAUAAUCAGGAGCAAUUUUAAGAGUAAUCUUCACAAAGUGUACCAGGCCAUAGAGGAGGCCGACUUCUUCGCCAUCGAUGGGGAGUUUUCAGGAAUCAGUGAUGGACCUUCAGUCACUGCAUUGACAAAUGGUUUUGACACUCCAGAAGAAAGGUAUCAGAAGCUUAAAAAGCAUUCCAUGGACUUUUUGCUGUUUCAGUUUGGCCUUUGCACUUUUAAGUAUGACCACACAGAUUCAAAGUAUAUAACAAAGUCAUUUAACUUCUAUGUAUUCCCGAAACCCUUCAAUAGAUCCUCACCAGAUGUCAAGUUUGUUUGUCAGAGCUCAAGCAUUGACUUUCUAGCAAGCCAAGGAUUUGAUUUUAAUAAAGUUUUCCGCAAUGGAAUCCCAUAUUUAAAUCAGGAAGAGGAAAGACAGUUAAGAGAACAGUAUGAUGAAAAACGUCUGCAGUCCAAUGGCGCAGGAACUCUGUCUUAUGUAUCACCAAAUACUUCCAAAUGUCCUGUGACAAUUCCUGAAGACCAGAAGAAGUUUAUUGACCAAGUGGUAGAGAAAAUAGAAGAUUUAUUACAAAGUGAAGAAAACAAGAACUUGGAUUUAGAGCCAUGUACUGGGUUCCAAAGAAAACUAAUUUAUCAGACUUUGAGCUGGAAGUAUCCCAAAGGCAUUCACGUUGACACUUUAGAAACUGAAAAGAAAGAGCGCUACAUCGUCAUCAGCAAAGUAAAUGAAGAAGAGCGUAAGAGGAAGGAGCAGCAGAAACUCGCUAAGGAACAGGAAGAACUGAAUGAUGCUGUGGGAUUUUCUAGAGUCAUUCAUGCCAUUGCCAAUUCGGGAAAACUCGUUAUUGGACACAACAUGCUCUUGGAUGUCAUGCACACUGUUCAUCAGUUCUGCUGCCCUCUGCCUGUGGACCUAAAUGAGUUUAAGGAGAUGACGACAUGUGUUUUCCCCAGACUCUUGGAUACAAAAUUGAUGGCCAGCACACAACCUUUUAAGGAUAUCAUUAACAACACAUCCCUUGCAGAAUUGGAAAAGCGGUUAAAAGAGACGCCUUUCAACCCUCCUAAAGUUGAAAGUGCAGAAGGCUUUCCAAGUUAUGACACAGCUACUGAACAGCUCCACGAGGCAGGCUAUGAUGCUUAUAUCACAGGGCUGUGCUUCAUCUCCAUGGCGAACUACCUAGGUUCUUUCCUUAGCCCUCCAAAAAUUCAUGUGUCUGCCAGAUCAAAACUCAUUGAACCUUUUUUUAACAAGUUAUUUCUUAUGAGAGUCAUGGAUAUCCCCUAUCUAAACUUGGAAGGACCAGACUUGCAACCGAAACGUGAUCAUGUUCUCCAUGUGACUUUCCCCAAAGAGUGGAAAACCAGCGACCUUUACCAGCUUUUUAGUGCCUUUGGUAACAUUCAGAUAUCCUGGAUUGAUGACACAUCAGCAUUUGUUUCUCUCAGCCAGCCCGAACAAGUGCAGAUUGCUGUCAAUACCAGCAAAUAUGCAGAAAGCUAUCGGAUCCAGACCUACGCCGAAUAUGUGGGGAAAAAACACAAGGAGAAGCAGAUCAAGAGAAAGUGGACAGAAGAUACUUGGCAGGAGGAUGAGAGAAAACGGUUAAACACUCAGUGCAUAUCCUAUGCUCUGCAGAAUCACUACUACCACACCAAUAGUCUUACAGCGACCAGUGCUGUAGGAAAGAGAAACCUGAGUCCCAGCCCAGCAGAAGCUGACUUGGAGGCCAGAAUAUCGGGGGAUAUUUCUGACCCUGAGCUCGAACAGACAGAGUCCUGUGCAGAACCCCUCUCUGAGGGAAGGAAAAAGGCCAAGAAAUUAAAAAGAAUGAAGAAGGACCUUUCACCAGCAGGAGGCAUCCCCGACAGCCCUGCCAAGCUCUUCGAGGUCCCCGACACGUGGUAACCGAGGCCUGAGGGAAACACGUCGCUGGUGCUGUGGCUGAGGCAGAAGCAGCCGGCACAUUCGGAAGCCAUACUGUAUUUAAUUUAAUAAAAUGUGGUAUGGGAGGUGUUGGAAACCAAGUGUGUGUCCUGGGGGGAAAAAAACCACCACCGCCACCCAGUUUUUAUUUU